AUGGCGAACAACGGCCAGUCGUCCAUCACUGUUGCUGUUCGAGUACGGCCGUUCACGAUUCGAGAAGCUGCACAACUACAAAAGAACGAUGACGGGACAGUUUUUCUCGGCGACGGCUCGCUUGCUGCUGUGCCUACACCAAAGCUGCACCAGCGCGGCAUCCGAAACGUCGUCAAAGUUGUCGAUGACCGGUGUUUAGUCUUUGAUCCUCCCGAGGAAAGCCCUGUCCACAAAUUCGGUCGGUCGGUUCUGCCCUCUUCGAAAAAGGUCAAGGACCAGGUUUUUGCCUUUGACCGCGUCUUUGACGAAAACACGACGCAAUCCGAAGUCUACGAAGGCACCACCAGAGCGCUCCUCGACAGCGUACUCGACGGAUACAAUGCCACCGUCUUUGCCUACGGCGCCACCGGAUGUGGCAAGACACACACCAUUACCGGAACGUCCCAGCAGCCUGGCAUCAUCUUCAUGACCAUGCAGGAGUUGUUCGAGAAGAUUGAGGAGCGCAGCCAGGACAAGACCACCGAGCUCAGCCUCAGCUACUUGGAGAUUUACAACGAGACGAUUCGAGAUUUGCUGGUUCCCGGCGGCGGUCAAGCUGCUCCCAAGGGUGGUUUGAUGCUCCGCGAGGACAGCAACCAGGGCGUGUCUGUGUUUGGAUUGUCGAGCCACCACCCCAAGGAUGUGCAGGAAGUCAUGGAUAUGAUUGUGCAAGGAAACGAAUACCGAACUGUGUCGCCCACCGAGGCCAACGCCACCUCGUCGCGAUCGCACGCCGUCCUCCAGAUCAACGUGGCCCAGAAGGACAGAAACGCCGACGUCAGCGAGCCGCACACUAUGGCCACCCUCAGCAUUAUCGAUCUGGCUGGUUCCGAGCGAGCAUCUGUCACCAAGAACCGCGGUGAGCGUCUUACCGAGGGAGCCAACAUCAACAAGUCGCUGCUGGCUCUCGGAGGCUGCAUCAACGCCCUGUGCGACCGCCGCCAACGAGCACACGUACCCUACCGAAACAGCAAGCUCACCCGUCUCCUCAAGUUUUCUCUCGGUGGAAACUGCAAGACGGUCAUGAUUGUCUGCGUUUCGCCAUCCAGCGCCCACUUUGACGAGUCUCAAAACACCCUCCGAUACGCCAACCGCGCCAAGAACAUCCAGACCAAGGUGACUCGCAACGUCUUCAACGUGAACCGCCACGUCAAGGACUUUUUGGUCAAGAUCGACGAGCAGAUGGCCUUGAUCAACGAGCUCAAGGCUCAGCAGAAGGAUGCCGAAAACACCUUUUUCGCCAAGUUCCGAAAGCAGUGCGAGAAGCGCGACAGCCUGUCCCGGGAAGGAAUCCAGCGACUUCGAGCAGCCUACGACAACUCGUCCGCCGAGCGCAAGGAUUGCAUCACCAACAUGAAGAAGUUGAAGGCUUUUGAGCGUCGCAUCGGCAUGCUGUCGGGGUGGAUUGCGGCUUUCGACACCGUCUGCGAGCAGCGAGGUGAUGAAGAUUCGAUGCCCCAGAACCUCGUCACCAUCCGAAAGACGGCACUAGGCGUCCUUGUUGAGCUGGAGAAUAGCAGACAGCACAUUCACCAGAAACUGGACAAGGGCAACUGGGAACGCUCCAUCGACACAGCCCUCAGCCACAGCCUGAAGCAGCUCGAGGGCAGCGAAGGCGCCGACACUGGCGAAGUUGCUAGCCUGACUCGCGAAGCAGAGCUUCUCAAGUCCAACUUCAACCGCGAGGCCUACCGAGAGGUUCUCGAGCAGGGCAAGGCUGGUGAUGCUGCCAUGGUGCAAAUGCUUCUCACGGCGCAGUUUGAUAUCCUGACGUCUCUCUCCGACACCAUGACCAUGGAUGAGGAGGAUGCUGUGGCCCACGCCAAGGAAAUCAUCAACCGCCUUCUUCAGACUGGCUACACCGCCGCCUCACAAGUUGUCAAGCCCGAUGGACCCAUUCCCGUCUUGGAAAUCUUCCCUCCCUCUCGACGAGGCACCCCCAAGCGCAAGAAGAUGGUAUCCGUUUAUGCCAGACCCAUUGCGCAACCUGUUUUGGCACCUGCCCCGGUUGAACCGAUGAGCCCUACCAAAGGGUCGCCCCGACGACGUAAGGUGAUGGGAGCCAAAAAGGGCAUAAGUUUUACGCCUGUAAAGAAGACUAGAAAGGGCGGAGUGCGAUGGCGAGACGAUGAGACGGAGGAGGGCACACUGGCAGACUUUGAGAAGACGCCACAGAAGUUUGUCUCCCCUUCACAGUCGACUCCCGAAAAGGCCCUUGUCGCUCCCCCAAUUGCGGCUUACCUCGAUGAGGAGCUGGAGGAGGAAGUUGAAGAGGUUGAGAUUGAGGAAGUCGAAGACGAAGAGGAUAUGACUGAGGUGACUGAGGUGACGGUGACUAGGGAGUUGACCAAAGAGUUGACCAAAGAGAUGACCAAAGAGCUGAAGGAGCCAAAGGAGGAGACAAAGACUAUCAACAUGGAAUCGAGCCCAAGCCUUGAGAUUCCCCGAGCUUCUAGUCUGGCGGCAAAGCCUAGCAGAUUCCAAGCAGGUUUCCUGUCCAAGGGCCCUCGACCUUCGUAUGCUGGAGGUUCGCCAAUUCCCCGAGCUCCCUCAUUCAGCCUCAACCUGGCAUCCAGUUCUCCCGAUGUCCAGCGAACACCACCAUUGCGAUCCCUAGAUGUCAGUAAGACUGGCAACCUGUCGCCAUCGCCCUCCCAGAUCGCCGUUCCGAUACGGACUCUACGAUCUCGGCCAUCCAUCAUCGACGAGAACAACCCGCUCAACAACAGCUUCUGCUCCGGAUCGGAUUCGGACUCGAGCACCAUGGAUGCCCGCAAGCUCCGCACUGCGAUGCACUCUGCCAUGAAGGAAAAGGCUCGUAGAAUGAGCAUCAUGACGGGAGCUACUGCGUCAAACGCCCGGCGAAUCUCAUCAAUGGGCUCGUUGAACGCUGACCGACCUGGACCCAGGCCUAGCUUGCCUGCACUGGCCAGCAGCACCAACGGCAUCUCUCGUCUCCGUCGCGGUAGUACUGAACGACGGAGGAGCCCACCAUUGACGUGCUCUCCACCUGACUGGAAGGGCGACCGAGCCUUGACUCCCGGUCAAGCGCGGCGGAUGAACAUGGGAGGAACUGUAAGAGUCGACAAUAUGGGAGGAAGCCCUCGUGGAGGUCUUGCUGGUGAAAAGGCCCGGCGGAUCACUAUUGGUACCGGAGGCGCAGGUCACCGCAGGCAAGAAAGCCGAGGGAACACAUGGCGAUGA